UGACUUGGCGUUCAUUCUCUAGGCCUAUUUGGUCUUGGUCUCAACCUGUUUCAUACAGCUUUGGUCCCUUUGACUCAUGGCGUCAACAGUGGGCCAGCUACGUUGUGCACAGUGUAGCCUUAAAGAGUCCUGCUACUUCUUCACAUAGCUUAUCAACCCGAAACAACACUUUAAAAGAACAGAGUUUUUGGCACUUUCAAAGUCGUGAAAUCGGUAUAAACUUCCUGAGAAUCUAUACAAGCAGUGUAAAAAAAUAUAUAAACAGUAAAACAGGUAAACAUGUAUGAUGACUUGAAGAGAGCCCACAACAAACUCAACAAAGCGUAUGUGUAUGCCCCACAUGCUGUCACAGUCAAAGCCAUAGUUUCUCAGAACUGUAACUGUAAGCCACGUCUAUGGCGACCUUGCCACUGGGAUACAGCCGUCAAGUUGCUCCUGGGGCAAUGUCCGACGUCGCUCGCUUCUCUGAAAGUCCCAGACAAAACCGGGACAAGCCCGGGCACAGGCCAGCGGACUACCAACCGCCCUCAGCUCUGUCCCUCCGCUCACGCUCUCGCCUUACUGCGUCGGAGACUCACUUCCAGGGUGGUCCUUGCUUUGAGAAUUGGCGAACAGUAUGAGCAGUCAGCCAGCAGCUUUCAGACUGAGAACCCGCACUGUCCUCGGGAAAGAAGAAGUCUUGGCAACGAGACGGGCCGGGCGGGAACGACUGGGGAUCACAAUGGCGUCUUGGGGGAAAUUGUGGGCAUUUUGCAGGAAGAAAGCAUUCUCACUCAACUUCUUCAGAUCGUGGACUCCAUGAAAAACAAACCAGAGUGUGAUUCUGAGAUACACGUGAUGAGAACUCAUUCAGGCGUAGAUCGAGACCCCAAUGGUUGGAAUCUGGAAGAAAGCGGAGAUAAGACAAGCCACACGACUGGUUUUGGACUACCCAAAGUUGACGAAACGGUUUCUUAUGGUUCUUGCAGUUUUCUGCGGACGAAUAAUGAGUUGGAGAGCAAGAACUCAUGGGAAAGAUUCAUCAGGGAGUGUGCGAAGAGAGAUGAAAUUGUAGACAUUCACAUCGAAAAUCACAACGCAUUGAAACAACUUUAUGCCCAAGGGGAAGGGGAAAAUCAUUUAACUAACACAUCUCAAGACAUGAUACAGCAUUCUACUGAAAAGAGUAUGGUUUUAACUGAAACUGAAAACACUUUUCCCAAGCCAAAUACACAUCAACUUGCGGAUUCUUUAGUCGUAUUGAAUUCUACAUUCGAAGACCUUAAAUCUCAAAGGGAUAGGAACUAUGACAGUAACACGUCUACUGUACAUCAAGUAGGAGAUAUGCCUUCUAUCCAAAACCAACAUUUUACAGAAAGUUUCACCGCUGCCGCCUACUUCAACCAAAGGCUUAUCCACCCUAGCAAACUAUUCCAAGAUAUAGCUGCAGGGAGGAGCGUGCCCACGGGGGACUAUGAGGUGGACUCCCAAUUGAAUAUGCUGCACUGUAAUGUUAGUGAUGAAAACCUUAAUGACCAUAUUCUUCUGAGCAACUGCCAAGUGACGAACAAGGGCAAUGGCAAUCAGAAAGAAAAGGUCGACAAUAGAACAAUGGGGCAUUAUUUUCCAAAUUCACCGAAACACCUCCAAAGCCAGGCUGCAUGGGAUGUAAAUUUCCCUGCUGACAGAAACUCAGUUGGCAAACGCCGUCCUCAAACGAUCACGUCACACGAAAUGGACGAGACAUGUGAAAGGAAAGAUAUCCAGACCACACACAGAGGUUGCAACUUUAGUUCCAAAAUAAUGAGCGGCCAAGACAUGAACAGCCGGAGCGAACAGGAACGUCGGAGUCCACGGGCAAGCUUUGGGAAUCCAUUCGUACAUCGACCUAGGAUCACAUACAAGAGGAACCCAACUGACAUGCAGUCACACAAAGCUCCCGUGUUCGUCUUCCCUUCUUCUCACGCUUGUGGAAGGCAGCAGUCGUCAUCGAUGGCGAAGAUGAUUCCCUUGGAUUUCAAUCUUAACGCUGUGUACAAAAUGAACGGUCAAGAGUACCUUGACCUCGCCGGCCCCUCGCUGCCUCAGCCUAGCUUGCACGGGUGUGGCGGGUCACAUUCUGAGGAGCGAAAGUUCUCAAACAGUCUCGGCUCUGGCCGGGGUGACCAACAAGUCCAGACGGCGUCAACGUGUGACCUUUGUGUGAUGAGUGGCGUACAGCAUGCAGGCCAAGGAGAACCCGCGGCGCCCAUCUUGCCGUGUCUCCAAAAAUCCUUUGCUAGUGACACAGCAGUAAAGAAAAGGGAUACCAUGACACCUACCAGAUGCAGUGAAGUCUUGUCUGCGCGCCAGAUGGGGCCUGUUGUGGUGGUGGGUGGGACCUCCGCACUACUUCUGGCCAUCAGCAUACCUCUGGGGGUUACCGUAACACCUUUCAUCAGACUCCUUUGGGAGGUGGUGCUGCACAUGGCUCUAAUAGUAUUGCUGCUAAUGAUCAUCUUUGUGGCCUUAGAAGCAAAUAACCUCACAGACGCAGUGCUGGGUCAUUUCCAUUUGCUUGCAAACAUGUUACGGUCUUCUUCAACCUGCGACGUGGACCACGACACCGUUGAUGACCAGAAAGUUCCAGAGUUUUCUGAAACUGCCCCAACUCAAACCGUUAUUCCUGGAAGCUUUUCCGAAGACUUGGCUGUGAAGACCGCCAGCAAUAAAGAGCUAUUCCAUUCAAAUAAAGCAACUCUUACCUCGUUCUUGAGUCCCUCCUCGCAGCUCUCGAUAGAUCCAGAAGUUUCAGUCCCAGUUGACGCUUCAACGUUCAUUAACGGUAUAAAAGACUGCGCUGAAAAGUCUAACGUGCUGUCUGAGCACGACAAAGAUACUCCUAAAUGCCAGUUGUCUUUGGGCGAGCCGACGAGUGACACGUCAUCCGUGGAUGUGUCAACGAUGACUGAUCAUGCUGAGAGUGUUGACAAUAACGUCGGAACUGUUCUACCCGAAAAAUGUGUAGCCGAGGUCAUGACUGAGGUCGUGAAUUUAUCGAGCGAGUCCACCCAGACCGAUGAUACAAUUUUUUCCUGUGACGACGGUGUAGUCUGCGACACGGGAUCUCGAUUGGUGGAAAUUCCACUGAAAGCAGCCAAAGUGGAAACCGCCGAUGCCUGUGUGCUGGCUGACAUGGAUGCCAAAAGGAUCUACCAGCAGAUUGAAAAGGUGCAACAGAAGCAUGAUCACUCAAUGAAAAGACUAAGAAGAAAAUUCUUAGCCAUGCGUCGACGCUGUCAGAUUGAAGCUAAAGACUUGAAAGGCAACACUACAAGAAAGAACGAAUUCCUGACGAAGUUACAGCUCACCAUACCGAAUCUUCAAAAAGAGAAGAGUUUUCUCUUGGCUGAACGUGCCUCGGUGGAGAAGCAGUUUGAAAAUGAAAAGAAGAGGAACAGAGAACUAGUGUGUAGGCUUACAAAACUGAACCAAUACUUUUACCGACUAGGUCAGAUGCAGCAGACGCCGCCCCCAGUCCACUGGCGACAGCAGACGCAAGCCCAGCCUCACAACUCUGUCGUCCCGACACUCCGGUGUCCGGCGGAAGGUCAAAGCUCCAACUCACAGGCUCAGCGUUCAGCAGCCACGGACCGACAGCAGCAUCUUCAACAGCCGCUGCACCAGCAGAAGACUCACCUUCAUGCUUUGGGCACACAGCCACACGUUCAAGGCGCGGGCUCGCUUCCCUCCCCGAAUCGACACCAGGCAGGGCAGCAUCAACAACAGCAGCAACAGCAGCAACAGCAGCAACAGCAGCAACAGCACCUACUGCAUAACCAUGCUCUGGUUUUACAGCAGCAGCAGCAGCAGCAGCAGCAACACCACCACCAACACCAAACACAACAGCCACCUCAGUCACUUCUCCAACAACAACGUUUGCCAAUUUUUCAAUUAUUUAACAAGACGUUCAGUCAUUCUCAAGACAGUUUGAACCCUCCAAUCUAUAUGCACAUAAAACAGCAACAGCAGCAGCAACAACAACAUCAACAACAGCAACAGCAACAGCAACCGCAGCAGCAGCUACCACAACAGCAACAGCAGCUGCAGCACCACCCAAAAACUCUUCAACAGCAGCAACAACAACAUCAAUAUCAGCUACAGCAGCUCCAGCUACCACAACGCUCAAAUGGACUUAACUCGCUCCAGGCGAACGACUACAACGAGCAAGUGCACACAGGUAUGGCAACCAAGACAACUGGCAACGUUGGCAAUGGUUCCCCGAGGAACGGAUAG